UCUUUUAUCGCUGACUGUGCAAAACUAUAAUGAAAUGCACCUGAGAUAAUAUUAUUAAUGUAUGUGGUAAGAUCGCGCGGUCACAGACGGUUAUCUCUGCAAAUCGACCGAUGACAAAAAGGAACACGCGCUUUCGGCUUAACGUAAUAUUACCACGAGUAAUGCGGCUAUAAAUACAUUGCACGUGCCCAACGUCCUAUUCCGAAAAUGUGAGAAGCCGAGUCUAUUUUAAUGGAUUAGAGCGAGUUCCGGAGUCGGACAGUGCUAGUUUCGCUGACCCUAGACGCCGUACCGUCGAGUCAUCAUCCUGGCGAGAGUCGAUCUCGAUCGCGUCAACUUGCGCUGUGAGAAGCGUGAAGCGUGAAGCGUCCCCACAGUCACUCCACCGGCUUGAUCGCGUUGCCCUUUAACCUCUUGGUCCGAUCCACGUGCCCUAUCGAUCACGAUGUCGAACAUACGAGCGUUGAUGCUCCCAACCGUGGCUGCGAUAGGAUCGAUAGUUAUUGUAGGAAUAGCAUUUAAAAUAUAUAAAUCCUUGAGUGAGAAAAAGAAAAAGUCUGCGCCGAUACUACUAGUUGAUCCAGUUGUUAAGUACAGUUUACCUCUAAUCCAAAAAGACAUAAUAAGUCACGAUACCAGGAGGUUUAGAUUUGGAUUACCAUCGCCGAAUCAUGUCUUGGGUCUGCCAAUCGGUCAACAUAUACAUUUAACAGCGAAAAUUGGAGAAGAGGUUGUGAUACGUUCAUAUACACCUGUUUCAAGCGACGAUGAUCGAGGCUAUGUUGAUCUCGUCAUCAAGGUAUACUUCAAAAAUGUGCAUCCAAAAUUCCCUGAAGGGGGAAAAAUGUCUCAACAUUUGGAAAACAUGAAAAUAGGGGAUACCAUUGACUUUAGAGGACCAUCUGGUAGACUGAUUUACAAAGGACAGGGAAAAGUCUCUAUAAAACUUCUCAGGAAGGAACCACCUGUAGAAUAUAAUGUUAAAAGGAUGGUUAUGCUCGCUGGUGGUACAGGCAUCACACCGAUGCUGCAGCUAAUUCGUGCGAUAAUAAAGGACCCUACAGAUGAAACUCAAACCUCUUUGCUGUUCGCCAAUCAGACGGAAAAAGACAUUUUGUUGAAAGAUGAAUUGGAUGAAAUCGCCAAAAAAUACCCGAAUAAAGUAAAAAUUUGGUACACCUUAGACUCGAGUAGCGAGGCAUGGUCUUACAGUACAGGAUAUAUAAGUGCUGAUAUGAUAAAGAAGCAUAUGUUUCCACCAUCACCUGAUACUAUCGUAUUAAUGUGUGGGCCACCUCCGAUGAUUAAUUUUGCUUGUACUCCAAAUCUCGAUAAAGUUGGCUAUGAUACUAAAUUACGAUUCGCAUAUUAAUUGGUCAUUAAGAUCGUAUGACAGUUGAUAUUUGGCGGAGAUUUACAUGCUUUUAGUAUUUUAAUAAAAUUAAAAAUCCAUUUUUUUAUGCAAUAUAAUAUAUAACCCACUUUAAUGAAAGAUAUUCAAUAACGUGUUAAUCAAACAGAUCUGUGUUGGAAAAUUUCCAACAAAACAUAAAGAAAAAAAAAUAACGUUAGACUCUCGAAAUUGUCAAAAAUGAAACAAUCAAGGGCUAAUGAGAGUUAUAACACGAUUGAUGGUGCAUACAAAAUCUUUUUAUUCCAAUUAUUUAAAUAUUCUUGAACGUUUCGGUCCCACUUUGGACCCUCCUCAUAACAAAAAUUCUCCAGAUAAUGUAGUGUUCGUUUGCUUAGUCUAAUAAGUAUAUACAUUAUUGUGCACGAAACAUUUGCAUUAACAUUACGAUUUUUAAGAAGUUACUCUUACACAAGUCAGCAAUAUCUUUUCAAGAUUUCAAAAUGAUCCAUCAGCUUAAGAAAAGUUUGUGAAACUCUUUUACUGCAGAAAUUUAUACAGACAUUACGCUAUAAAUAUAUCAAGAUACUAAUUACUAUCAAGAAAAAUGAUUUUACCUAACAAUAAUGACUGGAUGGAUUUCAUUAUGAUGCUAUUAGAAAUAUAUCAGUUUCUUCACAUACAUACCGUAUUAUCUGGAGCAUUUUUGUUAUGCUGAGGAUGGUCCAAAGUGGGAUCAAAACGUUUAAGAAUAUUUAAAUAAUUGGAAUAAAAAGAUUUUGUACGCAUCAUCAACCGCAUUAUAACUCUCAUUAGCCUUUGAUUGUUUUAUUUUUGAAAACAUAAAGACACCUCCAACAGUAUUGACAAUUGCUAAGAGUUAUAAAUUUAUAAUUAAAUGCAGCCAUACUAAUAGCGUAUAGUGACCACUAUUCCAUGUAGUGUAAGAAUGUCUAUCCAUAAAAAUAAUGUUUACAAGAUACGCCAGUCAUCCUUUUUUGCUUAUUUCUUUUUUAUUGGGAUAUGGGCUGUGAUUGGCAAAUGACAGAAAUCUGUAGAGCUUAAUCUAGGAAAAAUGGGAUUACAAAUCAUGCAUGUAAAAUGAAUAGUUGCCUUAUCACUAACAAAAUAUACUUUAUACAAUUUAUAAUAUCCACAUAUUAUUAUAAAAAUAAUCUAUCUAAUAGAUGAAUAAAGUAUAUUGUUAGUGCAUAGGAAUAUUCAUGUAAAAUAUUGUAUCUCGAAGCAUUUAUUAAUGUUGAAUCGAUUGUAAUGUUAUAAAAAAAUUUUGAACAUGUA